AUGGCUCUUGCUCCCGUUUCCCUUUGUCAAAAUCAACCAACCACCACCAUCUCACCGCAUGUUCAUCACUUCCCCUUCACAUCGAUCACGACUGCCCACAGCCCCCGGAAUAAAAUCGUGUCUUUGGUCAUAUCACUUAUUGACAUAACCCAAUCUCAUCAAUCAUCUUAUAAUAUGCCUAUCGCGACUGGAGACUCUCGAGCACCCCAAGGCUCCAAAACACUGAAAAAUCGAGGGUUCAGACGCGGUGUUGAACUUGCAGUUGCAAUCCAGAAACGACAUAGAGUUGCAGACACAGUUGAUCUCAAGAAACGGCUGGUGGCAGAAACGGUUGAGGUCACAUCCACUGAACAGCGGUCUUUGUCUUCAAGUGACAGUGAGUGGGAUGACUCGAGUGAAUCAAGUGACUCAAGUGAAGGCCAGUCAGCCUGCGCAGCUCAAGAAUCUUUAGAUAACAACAAUUUGAAUGCGACUGGACGUCACGAGUGCGAAAGCUCUGAAGUCAUCGAGAGUGGCUCAUGCGGUGUUGGCAACCUUUUCCAGAAAGACUCAGAGGCCAUAUAUGACUGUAGCUCCCUUUAUCGCAAGCAGCUCGUUCAUUCGCAUCCAGCCAUACUUCAUUUAUGUUUGUUUUCUGCCAUUUGCCACGUUCUAGAACAUUGUUCUGUCGCAACAUCUUCGUUCAUCUUGAAGGCUCAAGCCGAUUUCAUCACGAUUCUCCUAUCUCGUGGCCUUGACGAUCAAAAAUCACAUACUUUAUCCAACUCUGAACAGAAAAUUCUCAAAAGCAUUCCAGUUGACAUUCACACCGUCCUUGGCUGGCUUCAGAUUUCACCUCGCCUCAACUGUUUUGUCUGCUGUAGUAGCUGUUUUGCGCUUUAUCCCAACAAACAGACAGCCCCUGAACAUUGCACCUAUCUCUACAUCCAGAAGAAACUACCUGAUGGUCCUGACUUGCCUCCCAAUGAUGAACGCACAGUAUGUGGACAACCCCUCUUCAAGAACACCAGCUCCAAUUUUCCCACUCGCACCCCAGUUCGCCAAUAUGCCACUCAAGAUCUUUCUGAUUGGCUCGCACGAUUGCUUUCUAGACCCGGUAUUGAAGAUGUGUUGGCUUCAACUGCCACAAAGUCUCAAAAGCCCUACGACCCAUCUUAUGUCAGUGACAUUCAAGAAUCUCGCGUCUGGAAGGAAUUUCUGGGUCCCAACGGCCAACAGUUCACCUCUCAGAGUAGUAAUCUUGUUGAGUUUUCGUCCUGCUCCGCGCACUCAAUGAGACUGCGGAAAAACACCGCGGACCAAUCUCCUCAAGACUUACCUGACGAACGAUACUCAUCGAACGUUCAAGAAUCUCGGAAGCUCUGA